AUGCUAGCUGCCGACAAACUCCAGCUGCAGAGCCAUCUGAAACAACAAGCAACAUUUCUGAAAGAAAAAGAGUUCAAGCUUCACCAUGAAAACUUUAUGACUGUCGGCACACAGGCUGCCGUGUUGGCCGGAUUGGACAUUACCAUGUUUAUUGAAUUUCAACCAUCUGCCAAUUUGGAAUGGGGUGAGGGUCUGGAAUGGCUACCAAGAUUUCUGAAAUUUGUGUAUUUCAUCACCAUCGUAUCGGCAUUUUGUGCCAACAUGAUCGUUGUAAGUCAUACAACAACACUGAGCGUUUUGGGUGCCGGUAUGGCGUUGCGGGGUCCUGAUGGAUCCAUGAUGACGGCUACAGAUGGUCUCUAUGACGAACGAUUGGCAGUAUUCAGUAUUUUUGGCUUUGGCUUGGCGUGUACGGUCGGGAGUGUGGUCAUUUGUGUUUGGCUGAUAUUGCAUUGGGAAUCGGCAUUUAUCUGCAUGAUCAUAACAUUGAUUACGUGUCGCAAAAUAUAUCAGAACUAUCAACGAGUGACCAAACGAUUCUCCUUUGACGAGAGUGAAACGGUUGACUUUCGAGACAUUAUGGAAGGUCCUGCUGCCAUUAGAGCUGCUCCAUGGAGACCGAUGAGUAAUAGUUUGUCUAAGUCAUCGUUUAAUGCUGAGGAGGACGUUGAAUGGCAAAAGCAAGAGAUUCAGAAUCUUCUGGACCAGAGAGAUAUGAAACGGAGGGCCAAUGCAUCAUCUAAACAAACGUCACAGAACGGCGAAGGGCCAGGUUACAUCAAGACGAUAUAG